AAAUCCUUUUUAACAGGCAUUUCAUCUUGCACUUCAUUUAGUUUUGAAUUUAAGUAUCUUGCCGUUUUGAUUUUUGCAAAAGAAACCAUACAUAUUGAAGGAUGUUUUGAGUGAAAACUUAGAAUUUAACAAUCAAAGCUUCUAUUGCAACUACGACGUCCCAACAUCAAAGUUAUGACAAAUGUUCUUGGUUUGAUAUUGGUUGUACCCAGGGGCGGAACUAGAGGGGAGCAGGGUAGACAGUCACCCUUAGCUGCCAGUCAACGGUUAUUUCUAGUCGUCUCUCUACCUCCUAACCAUUUCAGUAUCAUUUUUUUCUAUAAUUGUCCCGACCGAUCCCUUCUCCAGUCAACAACCGUUUUCUUACUCUCUUCCUCUCCUCUCUUCAUUCACCAACCGUUUUCUCACUCUCUUCCUCUCCUCUCUUCAUUGUCUGAUUCCGACACUGGCUGCACCUAUAAAUUAGGUCAAUCUUCUUUAGACUCCGAAAAAAUUGUUACGAGAAUUUCCUCUAUACCAUCCUUGGAUUCCUAUUGGUAGCUUAGAAAAUUUGAUCAUAAAGUCUCCUGUUAUAUAAUGCGAUAUUUUUGCUGUUAACUUUUUCUGUUUUUCUAAUACGGAUGUUGU